AUGCCCAGAGCAAAGGGCAGAUCAGAGCAGAUAAACGGAUCCUGGAAUGUGCCUUUGACGUUGAUUCAAGGGCCACCUGGAACCGGCAAGACCUAUACAGCUGUUGCCAUUGCGAAGCAUUGGGUACGGAAUAAAAUUCGACCGUUGAAGCAAAAAAACUUCUUCAGAGAGACGAGGGUUUAUCUGAGACCGUGGAGCACUCUCUUGGAGGAUGAACCGUUGUUGAUGUCGACGUUUUCAACUGCUCCAGAUCUGCCUGGGACCAUAGUUGAGACAUUAGCUCAACCACCCUUCUCGGUUAACUCUUUGGUAACGUUGAAGGCAGCGGUUGAUGAUGCCGAGUUGUUGGGAGGAAUGCCUCAGGCUGAUAUUAUCGCUGUGAGACUGAGAAGAGCAAGACUCAGAGCUGCGUUGAUUGCCGCUGCUUCUCAAAAAGAGGAUGUGGUAAAGGCGAAGUUCUCUGUGGAUGCGAUACUCGUGUCAGCUGCACAGUUAUUUGGUUGUUUACCCAAUAAUGAACUGGUUCCUCUUCCGCAUGUUGCGGAGGUCUUGUCUCGAGAUAGAUAUUUAUUAAUUGAAUUUAAGACUUAUCCUGAGAUCACCGCGGCGGCCAGCAAGUCUGUUAUACAGUUUACUCUAGAUGGUCAAGCUGUGGAGCCUGCGAAACUUCCCACGGGGAAACCUCCUAAUACCUUUGAGCAAUGA